AAGAGCGUCCUAAAUCACCUUAACCACUCGAAAGCAACGGGAGCCGUUGGUGUUCCAGCAUGGCUACUUAAACGAUUCUCUAGCGUUCUAGCGCCGAUUUUUCAUGACAUCAUUACGGCUAGCAUUGAACAGUGUAAGUAUCCAAGUCAUUACAAACAUGGCCUGAUAACACCUGUGCCUAAAGCAUACCCACCAACUGAUGUUAGUAACGAUUUUAGACAAAUCUCUGUUUUGCCACAUAUUGGGAAAAUCCUAGAGAGAUUACAACUACAACUCAAUCAAAAUGACAUCAUACUACGUCCCAGUCAACAUGGUUUUACUAGUGGCCGUUCUACUACAUCGGCUCUGAUAUCCAUCACACAGCCAUGGUUUAAUACUACUGACAAUACCUGCCGUGACAAAGCAGGCAUCCAUGCGCUCUUUAUCGACUUUAAAAAAGCCUUUGAUCUAGUUGAUCAUGGGAUCCUGUUGAAUAAACUUGCAUUGAUGAAUGUUAAUAAAAGCUUCUGGUUAAUU